CAGGUUUUCCCUGGAUCCCGUAUAUCCCCAACACAUACCUCCACGCACACACAUCCCCAAGAACGCCGCGCUCACACCGACACACGCGCACACUAGCGCUCGUCUGUCCAUCUCCCUCGCGGGAGAGCCGGCGUGCAUUCCUACCUUUGCUGCACACUCAGAAGAGCCGAGCUCGCAGCGCUCCAGGAUUCUGCGGCUCGAAACUCGGAUCACAGCUCUGAACCCCUAUGGUGUUUUUUUUUUAAACAUUUCUUUUCCUUCUUCUCUUGUUUUUAUUGCACCAUUUUCGAUCUGAGGGGCUAGAGGAGCAAGGCAGCUGCUUUUCCGGCCAGCCCUGGUUGGCUUGCCAUCCUCCAUCUGGUUUAUAAAAGUUUGCUGAGCGCAGUCCAGAGGGCUGCGCUGCUCGUCCCCUCGGCUGGCGGAAGGGGGUGACGCUGGGCAGCGGCAAGGAGCGCGCCGGUGGCUCUGGCGGGCUUUCGGCUUGAGGCGCAAGGUGAAGAGCGCACCGGCCCUGGGGUUUGCCGAGCUGGAUUUGCAUGUUGCACCAUGCUUUCUUGGAUCGGGGCUGUGAUUCUUCCCCUCUCAGGGCUGCUGCUGUCCCUCCCUGCCAGGGCGGAUGUGAAAGCUCGGAGCUGCGGCGAGGUCCGUCAGGCGUACGGUGCUAAGGGAUUCAGCCUGGCGGACAUCCCUUACCAGGAGAUCGCAGGGGAACAUUUAAGAAUCUGUCCUCAGGAAUAUACCUGCUGCACGACGGAAAUGGAGGACAAGUUAAGCCAACAAAGCAAACUCGAGUUUGAAAACCUGGUGGAAGAAACAAGUCAUUUUGUGCGCAACACUUUUGUGUCCAGGCACAAGAAAUUUGACGAAUUUUUCCGGGAGCUCCUGGAAAAUGCAGAAAAGUCACUAAAUGAUAUGUUUGUGCGGACAUAUGGAAUGCUGUACAUGCAGAAUUCAGAAGUAUUCCAGGACCUCUUCACAGAGCUAAAACGGUACUACACUGGAGGCAAUGUGAAUCUGGAGGAGAUGCUCAAUGACUUCUGGGCUCGGCUCCUGGAACGGAUGUUCCAGCUGAUAAACCCUCAGUAUCACUUCAGUGAGGACUACCUGGAAUGUGUGAGCAAAUACACAGACCAGCUGAAGCCAUUUGGAGAUGUGCCCCGGAAACUGAAGAUCCAGGUCACCCGCGCUUUCAUUGCUGCCCGGACGUUUGUCCAGGGGCUGACUGUGGGAAGAGAAGUUGCAAACCGAGUUUCCAAGGUCAGUCCAACCCCAGGGUGCAUCCGUGCACUCAUGAAGAUGCUGUACUGUCCAUACUGUCGAGGACUUCCCACCGUGAGACCUUGCAACAACUACUGCCUCAACGUCAUGAAGGGCUGCUUGGCCAAUCAGGCCGAUCUGGACACGGAGUGGAAUCUGUUUAUAGAUGCAAUGCUCUUGGUGGCAGAGAGACUGGAAGGACCAUUCAACAUUGAGUCGGUCAUGGACCCUAUAGAUGUCAAGAUUUCUGAAGCCAUUAUGAACAUGCAGGAGAACAGCAUGCAGGUGUCUGCAAAGGUCUUUCAGGGAUGUGGCCAGCCCAAACCUGCUCCAGCCCUCAGAUCUGCCCGCUCAGCUCCUGAAAACUUUAAUACUCGUUUCAGGCCCUACAAUCCUGAGGAAAGACCAACAACAGCCGCUGGCACGAGCCUGGACCGGCUGGUCACAGACAUAAAAGAGAAACUGAAGCUCUCUAAAAAGGUCUGGUCGGCUUUACCCUACACCAUCUGCAAGGAUGAGAGUGUGACAGCUGGCACGUCCAACGAGGAGGAAUGCUGGAACGGGCACAGCAAAGCCAGAUACUUGCCUGAGAUCAUGAAUGACGGGCUGACCAACCAGAUCAACAAUCCUGAAGUGGAUGUGGACAUCACUCGGCCUGACACUUUCAUCCGGCAGCAGAUCAUGGCUCUGCGCGUGAUGACCAACAAACUGAAGAAUGCGUACAACGGCAACGACGUUAACUUCCAGGACGCAAGUGAUGAAUCCAGUGGCUCAGGGAGCGGCAGCGGGUGCAUGGAUGACGUGUGUCCCACGGAGUUUGAGUUUGUCACCACGGAGGCCCCUGCGGUGGAUUCCGACAGGAGAGAAGUGGGCUCUGCUGCAACCCAGCUCGGCCACUCCCUGCUGUCGUGGUCUCUCCUCUGCACCGGCCUGGCCUUGCAGAGACUGUGCAGAUAAUCCUGGGUUUUUAGUCAGAUGAAACUGCAUUUUAGCUAUGUGAACAGCCAACUUACUUCUUUUCUUACACUAUUGGACAAUGGACCAUGCCACAAAAACUUACUGUUUUCUAUGAGAAGAGAGCAGUGCUGCCAUCUGCCUCCCUUUUUGUUUUCCCAAAGAGUUACCGGGUGCCAGACUGAACUGCUUCCUCUUUCCUUCAGCUAUCUGUGGGGACUUUGUUUAUUAUAGAGAAAAUUCUUACUCAAAUCUUUCAUACCGGGAGGUUUUCUUACCUUCAGUUGCUUUUAUGCUGCAGAAGUAAAGGAAUCUCACGUUGUGAGGUGUUUCUUUUUUCCCCCGUUUAAAAAAAAAAAAGAUAGAAAACAAUUUUCCUUGUAAAAUCAGGCCAAACCCCAAGACAACUGCAUUUCCAAAAAACAAGCAAACAAAAGAGAAAAAUAAAAGACCUGUAACACUAUAAAUAUCAGUAUUGACAGCCAACUCCCAGGGUAAGCUUCUCUGUGACAAAUCAGGUUUACAAAAUGCUUAUGGGGAGAAAGUUUGAAUUUUUUUAAAAGUUAGUGAAAAUACAGUGUGUCUUGGAGUUACUGUCUUGCACUCUAAUCACACAAUACCAAAUUACUUUGGAGGUACUGAUACUGAAAUUCAGAGUUCCGUCUUGAACAUUAGAGCAAAAGUUAUUACAACUCAGCACCUCUCUCUCACCCUGCCCAAUUUCAAUUUCAGUAAUGGCACCAUUUUUCUUAAUUCUCUUAAUGUCUGUCCAUUGUAUCCAAUUGGCACAGAUUUUUCCCUUCGUCUUCAGUUGAUACUGAACGCUCCCAUCUAUUCAUCCUCCUCAAGGGUCUGGAUUGAAAAUAAUCUUCUCUGGCACAAUGUCUUUGCUUUGGCCACAGCUUUGACAUCAGUUAGAUGUUUCUGCCUCCAUGCUCAUUACCCAUCCCCCCCCCCAAAUACCAGUUCUUUUAAUGAGCAAUGGCAAUUAGAUCCAUACGUAAGUUUUCAUUUUUAACUAUUUGCUUUGUGUCAAUUGGUUUCAGCAUCCCAAGGGCAUUGUCUUACAAAAUAACUCACAACAAAAAAGUCAAGACAAAAAAAUAUAUGUAUAGUAUUGACAUGGAGAUUUCUUUCACUUUUUUAGUCUUAGUAUGAUCAUCUAUUUUUAUAUCUCUAUAUAUAUAAAUCACAGAUUUUAACUUCUUAAUUCCAAGCUCAGGGUUGACACACCUUUGUAACAAAAAUGUUUUGUCAACCAGCUCUUCUUGUUUUGUGCUGCUCAGAAAAGGGAUUUCUCAAUGACCUGUGAGCACCAAGAAUCAAGGAAGAGAACUUUUUACGUAUCUAACUGUCCAUUUAUUACAAGUUUGCCAGGGCACACCCUUUUUGCAUGAGCGUGCUUUGUCCUGGGUGCCCCCAACUGUACCGAGCUCAUGGGAAGAGCCAGGGGCGUGCAGGACUUCACUGGCGACGCAAACUGAAUGCAUAAAGAAUGUGUUAUUCACUCAAAACCAUUGCUUCCAUGUACAACGCCUUUGGUCUAGGGUUCCUGCAUGGCACUUGGUUAAAUACUUGACUCAAGAGGCCAAUUUAAAGCCACAGCCUAAACAAUGCACUGAGUGUGCCAACGCCAGGCCCUCUGCUCUCCCUAUCAGAGAAACAAAAUAAACCAAACUGGGGCUGUAUGAAUACCAUUGGCUAUCCAUGUGUUUCUUGGUUUUUAUGAUGCAUCUGGAGUCAGGAAAAGUAAUGUUUGAAGACUCCGUAGUAUGCCAGUCACAUUUUAAUUAACCCAUUGAUAAUAAUGACGCGUAAGUGGUGUUUUUGAUCUCCGUUCUCAUCAAAAUUAUGAUUAGUUAUUGAAUUAGUCAUCACAUUUAAGUAGAACACAUGCGGCACAAUAGUAUUAAGUAUAUUUGAGCACUUUUACAAAACAAAGUAUUUACAGGCAUCUAUUGCUAUUUUAUGCCUAAUGAACUAUGAAGUGUAGAAUUUUGAGAGACUUUGUGGCAUCCUUUCAUUUGAAUCUUUAUGAAAUUAACACUUAAUCUAAUUCAGCAUUACAUACUUACAGGAAACCAUCCAUUUCACUGCCAAACUUCAGCUUCCUAUCACCAAUUACACAUAAAACAUCUCUAGGCAGAGCCAAUCGUUUACAUUGCUCAUUUCAUUGUGUGUUCAGAAAUCAGUAUUGUCUUUCUUCAAUAAUUAAGGUGCAAUACAAAUUAAAUCAACCUUGAUUUUCCAGAAUAUCAGAGUAAUAACUUAUUUUUAUGGCUUUAAACUCCAAGGCUUUCCUUUUUUAAAAAUAUUUCUUCACUGUUUUCUCUGAAACAGAUCAGAAUGCCUUUUUUUCCCCUGUGCUUUCACCCCCAAAAGGUUCUGUGCAUGUGUAUGAUUACACACUAUAUUAAUGAAUGUGAACUCAUGUUGUAUACACACUAAACACACACACAGUAUAUAAAAAGCCUGCAUCAUUCAUUUCAACACCUUCAUUAUCGAUAUUAUUCGGGCUGGUGAGAGAUAGUGAUCUGUAUCAGCCAGGCAGACAGCUGCAAUGACUAUCAGUUAAUGAUGCCACAAUAUUAGUUAUCAGGCAUGGAUGUGGUCAAAAUAUUAUUUAAGUUGUAAUUCCUGGAUUUUUAUCAUCAUCCUGCUUUGUCAUAUGAUUUUCAGGCUAAUUUAAUAUGAAGAAUUUUUUUUUAUCCCUCAAAGAAUUACUGCAAUCUAUUACCUCAUUUCAGUUUGUAUUUGGAACCACCCUCUCCUAAAUUAAUCCCUCCCCUUUCAGGAAGUAGCAAAGCGAUAGGGGAUGCAGUGACACACCAUUAUUUUUCAUAACCCACUCUCAUUCGCUCUGAUGUCCCCCAAAUUCCAUGAUCACAUCAUAACCUCUGUUAUGAGAAGAGAGGAAUGGGCUCACUGAAAUCAGACUCUAGAAAUUGGUGGGUGAUGCUCACAACUGCAAACACUUAGCUUAUUGAAGUGCCUCGAUUUACAUGUUCUUUAGUUAUAAUAUAUAUUUUUCUAACAGAAAUACCCGUCUGUAAUUGGUGUAUAUUAUGCUUUGUAUACGUUAUAACAAAACUAAACAGAGGCUUGUCUUUAGCAGAGAAGAAUGAAUUGCAAAUUCACGAAUUUGAGCUCUGUUUAUGGUUCUGUAUUAAAGGACAGACAUGACAACCUUCUGCCAUUUUAAUGAAGGUAAAGUUGGUACUUUGAUUAUAGCCAUCAUAGAAUGUUAGCAUUAGCAAUCUGACUCCCUUACGGUGAGUUGCCCAGAUAGGACAAAGUAACUAUCGCCCGCUUUAAAUGUAAGGGACAGAAAAUAUUAUUUUGCCUACACUGAAAACAACACUAUUAUUCAUUGAGAAGCAGUAGUAACUAUAAAAAUAACAGCCUUUAAAUAAAUCAAAUACAUUGAAAAUAUUGUUGGAAGCAGAAUGUUGAUGUUGAUUUUUUAAAAUAUUUUCAUUAAAAUGUUUUAAUUUAUAUUCCCUACUGCAGACAUUAGCCUACUUUAAUUCUUUAGCCAUUACGCACGUUUUGGCUACAGACCGAACACCAACUGAAGUCCCCAAGGAGGAAUGAAAGUUAGCAAAUUCCUGAGUUGUGAUUCUUUUAUAACUUCUCUUUGCAAGGCUAAUUAUCCAAUGGUUUCAUUAGAAGUAGACAUGUUAUUAGUAAAUGUAAGUCUUGACUUAUAUAAAACUUGCAGAAAUUCAAACCCAAUUUCAUUUACUACAGUCACUAACAGACCUGACUUAACUUUUGAAAAAUAGGUAAAUAAAUAAAGGCAGUCGAGCUUUGCCAACAGAAGAGUAAAAGAAACCAUAACUUAUAAAUUUGCAAUGUGUUCUUCCUUGUUGGAGACAUUUGCCAGUGUUUAGUUUUAGACCAAGUUAGACACUAGAGUAUUGAUUUAUAUGCAUUCUGGAGCCUUGCUCUGUCAUGGUUGGCUACAGCACGGACUCAGCUAAGUGUGGGGACAUUCUGAACCUCAUUCAAAGUUGAGUAGUUACUGGAAUCGUUGGCAUUGCCUUGUAGUGAGGUGUUUUCGUGAAAAGACACCUAAGGAUGGUAUAAUAGUGAGGUUUCUGUGUGCAUAGACGUAAUAUAUAUGCAGGAUAAAUGUGUGCACCAAUCAAACCUAAAUUUUUAUGUGACUGUCAAAUGAAUAUUAUUUGGGUUAAGAUUUUUUUCAUUUCUGAUUUGGAUAGAAAAUUGAUAUUAAUCUUGUAUUAAAAUAGUUUUUAAAAAUCUA